GACGGCUCGCUCGCAUCGCGCCGCACGUACGUCGUCUCGUAGCGCAGCUGGUCGCGCGGUCACAGGGAGGCCGAAGGUGGCAGGACUGUGUCAGUGGCGACUGGCGACGGUGGCGACUGUUGGCGCGCGCACGACUUCCCCCAGUCCUCAGUACUCCUCAGUGCCCGUGAGCCGUGAGUGUGGAGCGCGAGCGUGUGUGUGCGUGUUUUGUUGCCGCUGCGAUGCGUCCGUUAAAUAUCGAGUGGCCGUUGUCGUCCUUGUCGCGCCGUGAGUGAAGAAGCAAGCGGCCAGCGCGCGGCAGCAGGGGUCCCCCCUCGUCAGCUGUUUCAGCGGACCGGAGCGACAGCAGCGGAACGGGGAACGCCGCCGCGAGGCUGUGGGGAAAGCGAGGAGGUUCUGGGAGAGAAGUGCCGACUUGCCCCGAGACGGUUGCUGAGCGACGAGCGUGAAGUUAGUCACGGAAGUCGGGCUACGAGGGGCGGACGCGGGGCGGACCGAUCCGAAUUCGUGCGCGCGGUUUGCGUCGGUCGGUCGCGACGGGCGCGACACACACGGUCGGGGCUGCGCGGGGUCGUGUGCGGAGUGCGGUCAUCAUCCGCGUGCGAGGCGCGAUCCCCGACGGGAAAAUAAUGGCGUAGACCUCCGGGCCGCGCUCCGGAAACGAGAGAGAAAGAGAGAGUGAGCGUGCGGAGAGGUGGAACGCGAGGGAGAGGAGGAGACGGCAGCGAGCGACAACGAGGGAAGAAGAGCGACAGAGCGAGCGAGAGAGAGAGAGAGAAGGAGACGCGCGCCGCGUUCAUAUUCGUCCGUGUCGUGGCGGUGGCCGUGUCGAGAGCGCAGCCGAUCGCUCCGCUGUAGCAGCGCGCGUCCUCGCCGUCCGUCGUCCACGUAGAUUGCCGUCGCGAGCGAGCGAGGCGGAACGCGGAGUACCUCGUCGUCGUCGUGGUGAGACGAGUCGGUGGUGUGUGCAGUGCUGCUGGAGAAAGAGAGAGAGCAAGAAGGAGAACAUACUAGUGCGAGAAAGAGAGAGAGAGAGAGAGAAAGAGAGGAGGUGGUGCGGAACGCGUCGUUCUUUCCUCGUCGCCCUCGUCGCGGUCAACCCUGUUGCUGGCGACCGCGCCGCGCCGCGCCGCGCCGCGUCGGGGCUUCUGUUUUGUUUGUGCUCUCUUGUCCUCCGCGCGCGGGGAGGAGGAGGAGGAGGAGGUGGUGGUGCUGCUGCGAGGCCGACCGCCAGGGUAUCCAGCGCGGCGUGUCCCGACUGCAGCGGGGAAUAUUGUAUUACGAUGAUCAGUGACACGUGCGGAUACGUUCUCUUCCUGCUGCUGCUGCUGCUGGUCCCGUACAUCGAGAGCGCUCGUCGACUGAACGAGUACAUCCGCCACUACGAAACGCUGUCAUAUCCCGUCGAGGAGGUCCAUCGAAGCCACCUGAGGGCGAAGAGGUCGAUCAACCGCGACAGUACCGUGACGUUAAAGUUUCGCGCGCACGGCAAGGAUUUCCACAUCCGAUUAAAACGAGACUUGACCACCUUUAGUAACAACCUAAUUAUCGAAGGAUCCACGGGGGAAAGACAGUACAACGCCGAUAUCUCUCACGUUUAUCAGGGCAACCUAGUCGGCGAACCUGGUAGCCAUGUGUUCGGAAGUGUCAGUGAUGGAGUCUUCUACGGGAAGAUAGUAUCACCGAAAAAUGGUUCGUGGUACGUGGAAAGGGCGCAUUAUUACUUUCCGCCGCAUGAGAUAAACGAGACGCUGCAUUCUGUGAUCUAUCACGAGAAUGACGUCGGUGAUCCGUACGUGGACGUUCGACAAGGUGACGGCGGUGGAUGUGGCAUUACUAAUAGUGAUGUGAUAGAUUGGAUGGAAAGGGUGCAGAAUUCCGCCUUACCGGAUGAACCGCCUAAGACGGUCCCGUCGGCGAAUCAGAAAGAGCCGAAACCAAAAAUCGUACCCUGGAACGGUGAUGGGGAGGCUCCCGGCCACAAGUACAGUAGAGAAGCUAAUGAACCUAGUCAUCGCAGGCCACGAAGAGCGACCAGAUCGAAAGAAAAUAACACCUGCUCGCUUUUCAUACAAACGGAUCCUCUUAUAUGGAGGCACAUCUCCGAACAGCUGCAUCACGACGCGGAGAAAACCAGGGAGGAGAUAUUGUCCUUGAUCGCACACCACGUCACCGCCGUGAACUACAUCUAUAGGGACACGCAAUUCGACGGCAGGACGGAGCACAGAAACAUCAAGUUCGAGGUUCAGCGAAUAAAGAUCGAUGACGAGACGGCGUGUACGCCUCAACAGCCGUACAGCGAACCGAACCCCUUCUGUUUGGAGAACAUUGACGUUAGCAACUUUCUGAAUCUCCAUUCUCUCUCGAAUCACGAGGACUUCUGUCUCGCCUACGUUUUCACCUACAGGGACUUCACUGGCGGUACACUCGGGCUCGCCUGGGUCGCUUCAGCAUCUGGCGCGUCCGGCGGUAUCUGCGAAAAGUUCAAGACUUAUACGGAGACCGUGUCCGGUCUGUAUCAAUCCACUAAGAGAUCCCUCAAUACCGGCAUCAUCACCUUCGUAAAUUACAAUAGCCGUGUGCCGCCUAAGGUAUCGCAGCUAACUCUGGCGCAUGAAAUUGGUCAUAAUUUCGGAUCACCGCAUGAUUUUCCGCCGGAAUGCAGACCGGGAGGCUUGGAUGGUAAUUACAUUAUGUUCGCCUCAGCGACGAGCGGAAAUCGACCGAACAACAGCAAGUUUUCAAAGUGCAGCAUUGGCAAUAUCAGCAACGUCCUAGAUGCUAUCGAGGAUAAUAAGAAGAGGAACUGUUUCACUGGAGCGUUUUGCGGUAAUAAAAUUGUCGAGGCUGGCGAGGAGUGUGAUUGCGGGUACGAUGACGACGAGUGCGUGGACAAGUGCUGCUAUCCCAGACAGGUGUCUGAGCUGGAUAAGAUUAAGAAUGACACGGCGAAAGGUUGCAAUAGAAAAUAUGGCACACAAUGCAGUCCCAGUCAAGGACCCUGCUGUUCGAGUGAUACGUGCCAGUUCGUGCCCCUCUCCCAUCGAGUCCAGUGUAGAGCCGAAUCGGACUGUAGUUACAAUUCUACAUGCAGUGGAAGGUCCUCCGAAUGCCCAGCGCCGUUACCGAAAGCCAACAAGACUAGAUGCAACGAGGGCACCCAAUUGUGCAUCAACGGGGAGUGUACGGGAUCCAUUUGUCUGGAGUGGAAUCUGACAGAGUGCUUUUUAACGAGCAGUAUCAUACCGAACAUCGACAAGCGAAAGCUCUGCGAAUUAGCCUGUCAAAAUGGGACUGAUGCAUCAACGUGUCGCGGAACGAGCGAGUUUGCGCACAUGGUGGGAUUGCCCGAGGGUGGAAUGAGCCUCAGACCUGGUUCGCCUUGCGAUAAUUUCCAGGGUUACUGCGAUGUUUUCUUAAAAUGCCGAGCCGUCGAUACGGAAGGACCGCUUGCCAGAUUGAAAAAUCUAUUGUUCAAUAAAGAAACUUUGUCGUCGGUAGCGCAAUGGAUAACUGAAUUUUGGUGGGCGGUGUUAUUAAUGGGUAUAGCUUUCAUCAUAUUUAUGGGACUGUUUAUCAAGUGUUGCGCCGUGCACAUUCCUUCCACUAAUCCUAAAAAGCCGCCUGCGAGGCGCAUCAGUGAUACGUUAACUAGACCGAUGAAUACCCUUAGAAGAAUGCGACAUCCACAUGGUGGUGGACCUGGGCCAAGGAGUAUACCCCCAAGACCAAGUCAAGGUGGACACGGAACGCGUGGACCCUCUCAUGGUUAUGGAGAGGGUAGAGGUGCUCAAUAUUAUCCGAAAGCAGGCUAUCGCUCGGUUCCCACAGCUAGUGCGCCACCAAAUAGCGGGCCAGCAGACAAUUACGGCCGUACCAAUCACCCAGAGCUGUAUGCCGGCGCCUAUUCGGGCUCCGGGGGAGGGGGGAGGAGCGCAGCAUAUGAGAUGAGGCAUCACAACAAGGUGUGACGAUCCUAGGACGUCGUCACGGACGAGGACCACCAAUCGCGGCGUUGCACCACGAGUCGUUGUGUAGGACGAUUGCCAAAUGCGAAGAGAACCGAUCCACUCCACGUAAGGGAUGCGACGAUGUCUCAUAACUGAGAUCGAAGCAAUAAUGACGAGUUUACAGCACAAUAGUCGAACAAGAUUGAGAGGUCUGACGAUAUGCUCUUUUAUCCAAGUUGCGUAGAAUAAUAAGAGACGCGCGUAGAUAUAAAGAAAGUACGCCUCGGUGAUCAAAUCGAUCUCUCAUUUUGUAUCGAUUUGGUAGAUGUAAUUUCGCGGAGAUAAAUCGUUGCGAACGACGACUCGGAAGAUCGAUUUAACCGGAAUCACGAUGACGAAGUAACGGCGUAUAUAACAGAAAUCGUGAGUACCGAGAAUUUUAUAUAUGUAAUCUUUUUUAUGUAGCACACUAAUGCGGUCUUUCGCGUCGCCGUUCGAAGAACUCGUCGCAUGAUCAAAUUUUAGGAUGCUUCACCAGUGAUGGUGAUAUUGUUAUAUGAUCAAAGUAAUUUAAAUCGACCCAACGUGUGAUUCAUUUCGCUUUAGUGAUCGCUGUAUUCGUGAAGCGACGAACGCGGCAUUGUUGAAAGAAAGCGUCGCAUCUUCGCCACUCGCCACUACGAAGAUUUAAGGCCAAGAUCGUACGGUCUUUGUGUGACGGCGUCCUUCGAGAUGUCGAUACUCGUGCACGUCGCUCUCGAAAGUUAGAUUAAGAGAAUCUCUAAGACCUUGUUUGUUAGAGACACAAAUUUAGUGGGGAAAUUGGCAGUAAGACAAUAUAUGUCCUUUGGUAAACGGCGCACAUGUGUAAAUGAGUUUUCCAAAGGCGACUUAUUGUACUCCGUAUUCCGUUUAUCAACAAGUAAAGAGUCAUCUUUUUAAUCAAAUCAAAAUUUUAUCGUGGGACGUUAAACGAUCUAAUUUAAUUUCAAACAUACAGCAAACAUAUGUACUGCAAUAUGGGCAAGAAAAUUGGGACUGUCGUGUAAAAUAUUACCAUAUAUGUGUAUGCCGUUGUUUUUUUAUCUGCAACAAUUAAAAUAUUUUUUAAACGGCUUUCUGGAGCGAAAUGGCACCUUACCAUUACCAAAACAUCACAGGUCAUUUACUUGAUCUCUGUACCAUUGUAGAAUAAUAAUUAACGAUAUGUAUUAAUUCUUAUACUAAUUUGUAUUAGCCAAUUUUGAAGCGAAGUUAUGCUGGCUACGCGAGAUUAUGACGAAUAUAAGAGCAGCAACAACAAAAUGAUGCGUUUCUAUAGCGAUAUUCCAUUAAUUAUUAUACAUGAACGAGGAUGAUAUUGAUUAUUAUUAAGCUAUACUGAUUAUUAUUAUUAAUUAGUUAUAUCUUACAAAUGAUAAUUUAUCUCCGCCUAUUGCGAAUGUUAUAAGUUAUAUUUAAUUAAAAAACGAGUUUUAUAACAUGCUAUAUUAAGUCGGGGGCUGCACCGUAAAGACGCAGUUAUGCGUAUAGCGGACCAAAGAUGAGCCCUCUUAUCGAAACACGCGACAUGUUAUAUUAUAUAUACAUACAUACAUAUAU